AUGGGGCGGAAAGGCAGGAAGCGUCAAGGGCGUUCUUCUGAUGCUGCUCCGGCUAGCCCUCCCAAGUCGGAGAUCACCCGUAUAGUUCACCGGUUGGGGAAUCGUGGUUUGAUCUUACUGUUGUUUGAAACGCCCUCUGGCUUUGCCAUUUUCAGAUUUGAUGGCGUUCAGCUGUUCCUACCCAACGCCAAGGAGGUCAUUUGGCUGAAAGAAUUCAAGACUUUCAAGAACAAAGCCCAUGUGUUUGGUCAUGCUGGAGUUGAUAAGAAACUUGCUGAGAUGAUCCACAGGUGGCAUGUCCCUGGCCAACUGCUAGCAGUUGGAAAGCUUGAGCACAAAAUCAUCAUUGAAUCACAGCUGAAUAUACCCUGCCUGUAUGAUGAUACUGUGAUGGAAGUCAUCUGGGGCAUAAAAAAUCUCAUGAAGAGUUUAGUGCCUGAUGAAGAUUCUGAGCUUAGCGAAGAGGAACGCCUUCAGAUGAGUUUGGGGAUGGAAACAGUCCUCACGCGUCAUGGUAUUGUUGCCACACCAGAGAUGGUUAACGAACAGAUCAUUGAGUACGCUUGUAUCUUGUAUGAUUGUGAGUUUAUACGAGACCAAGCAUUCUGGAUUCUUGACUAA